GCCGAUAUGACACACAGCCCACCGUGACCAGCUCAGUUAUCUCAGAGAACAGGCGUUCAUCUCUGAAGAACCUGGUCAUGAUCAUACAGCCAGGAUGAGUUCCACCGAAGAUAUUAUAAUGGCGAUUCCCAGAGAGCUCACACAAAACCCACUGCGAAAAAUAUGGAUGCCAUGCAAGAACGGGCUACCGGAAAAACACAUUUCUCAAAAGAAAGUUUGUAUGACCAACUGUCCCACUCUCAUUGUGACUGUGGGCCUACCAGCGAGAGGAAAAACCUACAUUUCUAAAAAACUCACACGCUACCUCAACUGGAUUGGUGUACCAACAAAAGAGUUCAAUGUGGGACAGUAUCGGAGAGAAUGUGUGAAAAUCUACAAGAGCUUUGAAUUCUUUCGCUCUGAUAAUGAGGAAGGGCUGAAGAUAAGAAAGCAGUGUGCUUUGGCAGCGCUCAAUGAUGUCAGACAGUAUCUCAGUAUUGAAGGUGGCCAUGUUGCUGUGUUUGACGCCACAAACACAACCAGAGAACGGAGGGCCACCAUCAUGAGAUUUGCAGAACAAAAUGACUAUAAGGUGUUUUUUGUGGAAUCUGUGUGUGAAGACCCCAGAGUUAUUGCAGAGAACAUUGUGCAGGUGAAGCUGGGUAGCCCGGACUACACUGACUGCAACACGGAAGAAGCCAUCCAGGACUUCAUGAAGAGGAUCAAGUGCUAUGAGAACAGUUACCAGCCACUGGAUGAAGACCUAGACAGAGAACUGUCAUACAUUAAAAUAAUGGAUGUGGGUCAGCGGUAUUUGGUGAACCGUGUACUGGACCACAUUCAGAGCAGAAUCGUUUAUUAUCUGAUGAACAUCCACAUUACACCACGCUCCAUCUACCUCUGUCGCCAUGGAGAGAGCGACCUUAACAUCAGAGGUUGCAUUGGAGGGGAUUCAGGCCUGUCACCCCGUGGAAAAGAGUUUGCUCAGUGUCUAGGGAGGUUUAUACAGGAACAGAAUAUAAAGGAUCUCAAGGUGUGGACGAGUCAGAUGAAGCGGACCAUUCAGACCGCUGAAGCGUUGGGUGCACCAUAUGAACAAUGGAAAACCCUCAAUGAGAUUGAUGCUGGUGUUUGUGAGGAGAUGAUGUAUGAGGAGAUCCAGGAACACUAUCCUCUGGAGUUUGCCCUCAGAGACCAGGACAAAUAUCACUACCGCUACCCUAAUGGAGAGUCUUAUGAGGAUCUUGUCCAGCGAUUGGAGCCCGUCAUUAUGGAGCUUGAACGCCAGGAGAAUGUUUUGGUUAUUUGUCACCAGGCUGUUAUGCGUUGUCUGCUUGCUUACUUCCUGGACAAGAGUGCAGAAGAGCUGCCGUACCUGAAAUGCCCCCUGCACACAGUCCUGAAACUUUCUCCUGUGGCCUAUGGCUGUAAAGUGGAGUCGAUCUAUCUUAAUGUGGAGGCGGUGAACACUCACAGAGACAAACCUGAGAAUGUGGAGAUUUCCCGUCUGCCAGAAGAGGCUCUUCUCACUGUUCCACCGCACUACUGACCUAUGACCUCACAUCCUGUACAUCAGCAACACUCCAUCAGGCUGUUCCAUCCUUUUAAUGUGACUCCUCUGCGUGUUUGAAAACAUUGGGCAGAAAGUCAGUUCUGAGUCCUGAAGAUGAGCAACUUUAGGCCUCAUAUAUGUAUUUUCUCUCUUCUCAAUUGCCACAUAGGUGACUGGAAUCCAGUUAUUGAUUAAUAACCCUAGGGUUUGUGUGUGCGAGUGUUUGUGUGUGUGCGCAUGUAUUUACAUGUGUAGGUCUGUGCUUGAAUUCGAGGCUGGCACAGAGCAGAUCUGAAGGAUAUUCAAGUUUCCUUUCUAUAAUUUUCUACUGAAAAUUUUUGCUGGAAAGAUUAACAUUUUGUUUUUGAGACUAAAUAAUAAGGGCUGUUUAUUGAACUUAAAUUUAUUUGAUUUGCUUCCUGGGUUCACAUUUCCUUAAGCAAUAUGUUAUGUCUCAACCAUUCACACACUAGAGUUUAAAUUAAGUGCUUUGGCUGUCAUCUAACACUAAAUGCUAUUUGUAAAAAAACAGAAUACAUGACUUGGUUUAAAAAAAUAAAAAAAUAAAUGCAGAUUAAUCCGCAGACGUGAACUUUACCUUGUAUAGUGUUGAAACCACCUGGAUGUUGGAAGUCCUAUCAGAAUUUUGACAGGUGUUAAAAAAACAACUGUCAAUUCGGAUACUUAAAAUGUAGCAGGACAUUUUCUAAUAUAUUAUCUCUGUUAUGUUUCCGGAAAAAAAAGCCAAAUGUUUAUGUUUCUAAAGCCUUGUUACAACAGUAGUUUUUUUUUUUUUUUUUUGCUUUGUGGUCUAUACGGUCUGUUUAUGGAGAGUGAACCGUUUUCAUCUCAAUUAUUCUCAUGUUCAUUACCAGGGCUGUCUUUUAUAUUUUUUGAACUGAGAACCGAAUAUAAAGAGCUCUGUGAAUUUGUGAUUUAAUCUGUCCUGUGGGUCUCUGUGAUUGGUAGGACUGACUAUGGUUUUGUUUGUGAAGCUCGUGGUUCUCAAAUUUGACGCACAAUAUCACAUUUUCUGGAAUUAUUGUCAUUAAAACAUUCUGUCAUCAA